AAAAUGGAUCAGCAAUAUAAAAUUGAUCACGAAAAAUUUGUAUCCAAUAAUGAGGGGUCAACAUUUAUUGAAACAUGCUUUAUUUUAACAAUUAUGCCAAUUUCUAUAUUAUUUCAAAGAGUAGUUUUUGCAGCAUUCUUUCAUAAUGAUAAAUAUCCAUUACCUAUGCCAAUUAGAUUUUUUUUAGAGUUUUUAUUUAUAGUUGUACCAUUUAUUUCAGCAGUUACCUUUACAGAAUUAACACCAUUUUUAAUUGGUGGUAUGCUUAUUACAUGUUUAGUAGUACCAAUUUUUGCACAUAAAAAUAUAACAAUUUAUUUCAAAAACCCAAAAGAAACAUUAUUAAAUCUAAAUUCAAUGAGAAAAGGAUUUAUUGAAGAGUAUAGAUCAUUUGUUAUGAUUGCAACUUGUAUUUGUAUAUUGGCAAUUGAUUUUCCAAUAUUCCCAAGACGUUUAGGUAAAACAGAAACAUAUGGUAUUUCAUUAAUGGAUAUUGGAGUUGGUUCAGUAGUUUUAUCAGGUGCAUUAGUUUCAAGACAAUCUAGAGCAGGUCUAAUUGAAAAAUAUCAAAAAGCUAAAAAAGAUGAUGACAAAGAUAAAAAUAGUUCAAGCGCUGAUAAUAAAAAUAAAAUUAAAUUAUCAAGAAGUUCAUUAAUGUGGCAUCAAGUUAAAGCACAAGCACCAUUAAUGAUUUUAGGUUUUGUUAGAAUGAUUUUAACUAAAUCGGUUAAUUAUCAAGAACAUGUUUCAGAAUAUGGAUUACAUUGGAAUUUCUUUUUUACUUUAGGUUUUGUUUCAAUUUCAUUAGCAUUUUUAAAGUUUAAUGCAAAUAUUAGUGCAAUUUUAGGUGUCUUGUUUAUUUGUAUUUAUCAAGUUUUCUUAAAUCAAUUUGGAUUAACAGAUUACAUUUUAAAUCAUCCUCGUGACAGUUUAAUCUCAAUGAACAAAGAAGGUAUUUGUAGCAUAAUUGGAUAUUUAUCAAUUCAUUUAAUUGGAACUAAAAUUGGUUGUGAACUAUUCAAAGUUAGAAACACAUUGACUGAAUGGAGAAAAUUUGCAACAAAAUUAUUGGUACUCUCAGUUAUCACCUGGGUAUUAUGGCUAUUUUGUGAAAUUUAUAUUGAUAGAACCUCAAGAAGAAUGGCAAAUUUGGGUUAUGUUUUAGCAAUUCUCGCUAUCAAUCUUUUCAAUUUCUCUGUAAAUAUUUUUGUCUAUCUAAUCUCUGGUAAUCAUAAUGCUUCAGUUAUCGCAAAAUCAAUUAACCGUAAUCAAUUAUUUAUCUUUUUAUUGGGCAACAUUUUAACUGGUCUUAUCAAUUUUUCAAUGAAAACUAUCUAUGCCACUCAAGAGGAAUCAAUAGCAGUAAUUACAGGCUACACUUUCUUUUUAUGCCUUACUGCCAUAAUUUUAGAUUAUAAAAAUAUAAAUAUUAAAUUUUGGUAAAUUAAAUAAAUAAAUUUAUCUCUUUAAGCUUUUUUUU